AUGGCAUCUUGUAGCUCAAGUUCUAAUACGAUCCAAACGUUUUCAAGCAUGACACAAGCUUCAGCUGGAGUCUUAAGUGUUGAUAUCCUUGGUGCGCGUAAUCUUCCACCCGCUGUGUUUGGAAGUUUAUUAAAAUGGACUCCAAAUUACGCAAAUCCUUACGUCGUGUUAUCACUGAAUCGCGACCAUUUUGUGUCAAGUAUGAAAUUUCACGAUUUAAAUCCAAAUUGGAAAGAAAGUGGAAAAUUUCACGUACCAUUACCAUCUGAGAGUGAAAUUCUUGAGACUUUUGAUAGUCAAAAUGCUCAUGUCGUAGGAAAAUUUCACAAAAUGAUUGAAAAUGUUGUGACUCAUUCCAAAUCAGUUACGAAUUCGCACUCAUUUCAUCCUUGUGCUCCUGAACUUUACGUUCAAGUGUAUCAUUCUGAUGAGAUUCAAGUUCCAAGAGUUGCGUCUUCUCAUGUUUAUAUUCAAGGACAUAAUGAAAAAUUACUUGGAAGUGUGAAUGUGCCAGUUUUACCAUGUCUUUUGUCUAGUACUUCAAGUACUCGAAAAUGGUAUCAAUUGAUUGAUGAAGAUGGACAGAAUGCUGGUCAAUUACACUUAGUGUUAAAUUUUGACGUGUCUGCAGCAUCAAAUGGAUUAGAACCCGAAAAAGGAGAUAUUGUACGUCUUACAGGAUUUGGUGGAUUUGAAUAUUAUGCAAAGAUUAUACCACCUAAUGCACGAAUGGUAGUUUUAGAGGUGUUUCAAGAUCAAAUUUUUGUCGAGACUCAAAGUCAAGAAGGUUGGUUACUACGAUUUGAAAUCCAUCGAAAUUUACUUCAUGUGGAACGUCGACCAUCGCUACUUCAUGAUACUUCGGAACAACUUCAACAUCAAGUUCGUCGUGUUCAACAACUUAAUGUAGUUACAAAUGUACAGCGAGUUUGGCUUGCUGUACCAGAUACACCACGAACACAAGUGGAAAACUCGGCGGCUUUCAUUGCAUUUUUUGGAAUACAAGCAUAUUUGACACUUGAGCAUAGUGUUAAGGAUGUUCUUCAUCGUGGAAUAUCAUCUGGAGUUCAAACUUUGAUACGAAGCUCAAAAGAUGCUUUUGGACAAGUUAAGCAUGAGUUUAUACGAGUUUACUGGAGUACUCCCCGACGUAUUACAAACGAUGGAGGAUACGAUGACGAUUUAGUGGAUUGUGGACCUCGUAUGAAUCGUGGCCACAUUGUACGUGCAUUUACGGCUGCUAGCGUAAAUUCGGAAGAUACAGAAGACGAGAUGAUGGUACAAUGGGAGACUUUUAAUGACAGCAAUCACGAUGAAUUGAUUGAGAAAAAUAUCGAAGUAGCAGUGCCAGAGCAGCUCAUCUGUCCAAUCACUGGCUGUCCAAUGGUCGAUCCAGUUGUUGCUGCAGAUGGACAUAGUUAUGAACGUGAAGCUAUUACACAUUGGUUGAAAACUAGUGAUAUCUCACCCAUGACAGGCAUGCACAUGAUAACAAAGCAAGUCUUUCCUAAUUUUACAUUACGACAACUCUCUGAAGAAGUUCAAGCUACGGCUACUCGUCGGCAGCAAGUGAAACGAUAUCAGCGCGAUGCGAAAAUGGAAGAAGCAGAUUGA